CUGCCGGACACACCGGAGGCUUGAAGGUCUACUGCGACCAGCAGGAGCAUCAGGAACCUCUUGAUCCAGUCCUCUUCGUGUAUAAUGGCGGGAGCAAUGAUGGCGUCAGUGGGGCGGCUGCUGGUGGCGGGCGUCCUGGUGGCGGGCCUCCUGGUGGCGGGCCUUCAGGGUGUCCUCGCCGUUCAGAGCACCGCGUCGACGCCCGGCGGAGGCCCCGGAGAGUACGCCGAGGCCUGGACGGAGAUAGCCAACGUUCAGAACUGCAGUUACACAGGUACCCAUACAGGUGGCAGCUGCCCCGCUCCCUACGUGAGGCUGCUGGGAGGCGAGUGCUUGUUCGUCAGCAAGCACGCCCUCUCCUGGCUCCAGGCCCGCGAGCACUGCAAGGGACUCAUGGGCGACCUGGCCACACCCAAGAAUCUCUUCAUCCUCAAGAACUACAUUAUCCACAACCCUGAUUACAGUGGCAUUUCGGCAGUGUUCCUGGGAGGCAGGAAAUAUCAGGGUCGCUGGUGGUGGUUGGACGGAAGGCAGAUUUCAUCCGAAGACUUCGCUGAGGGCGAACCCAACAACUAUUUUGGGAGAGAAGACUGCAUCGACUUACGCCUCAGCAGGCAUCCGAUGUUGAACGAUAACAAAUGCAAUUCCCCCACGCCCUUCGUGUGCCGGUACUGCGACUUCGAGUGAGGCCGCUCACUAGCAACACGUCUCUCAUUCUUUCCUGCUCUCACUUUCCAGUUUAUGUCACUGCUUACCUCUGUACGUUGGUAUUGAACUAAGUGCAUGAGGCAUUCAGUUGCUACCAUCUUUGCUUGUGAUCUCCUAAUCAGACACCGUUGCCCACUUUGUGUAUAUUCAGUCAGUUCUUGUCUGACAACAGUACAGUCAUUAAUGACACAGACGCUGGUAGCUUCAUCACUGUGAAUAGUUGCGAUGACUAACCAUCCUGUGUGAUGGGGAUUUUUUAGCAUCACGUAGCUACCUUUUUGACACACUGUACUCCCCUUCAUAUAGCCUAGGGCAGCUGCACAAAUACAGAUGUACCUAAUGUAUUAAUAAUAAAAAAAAGUGAUGAACAACCAGCCUGUGAUGAAUAACCAACCUGUGAUGAACAACUAGCCUCAGGAACCCUUCCUUAACACCUGUUUAACAGUUAAGUUUGUCACAACUUCAACAGUCGUCCAAUAAUGCCAGUACUCCGUAGUAACUAUAUUCCCCGGACGUACACAAAUCAACUGAAGUAGCCAAAAUAAGUUCACGUAGUGAUAAUUUGGUAGAGGGCGUGAGGGAAAAAAGCAACAACCAAAUCAAAACGUUGCUAGGCUUAGUGUAGACAUAUAUAUAUACUAAAUUAGGCCUAAGGUGGCGUACGCUAGGCUUAGGAUUGCUUAUUUUAGGCAAAGGACAGUUUUAGCUCUACUUUUUGGCAUGUCAAAAUGUGAUUUUUUUGGUAGAAGACGCCAUUAUACGCUCAACCAUUAUAGUUGGUAUAACGUCUAUAAUUUUUGGAGGAUGGGUUGGAGAAAUUAUCUGUUCAGUGUAUGAAGUAUUAACAAGGUGAGUGUCCUUAAGGUUUACAUAAAUGAAUACAUAUGAUUUUUUUGAUGAUGGUAAAUAUGUAUUUAAGACCCCAUAUCCAUCCUGUGGGCGAUUGUGAAACUAUUAUAGAGAUAUGAAUAAAGAGAUAAAAUAA